AUGUCCUCCAGCAAGAAAGACCAGGAAAUGCAGCGCCAGGCUAGCAUCAAGCACUUCGCGGAGCCGAGUGGCGCCCUCACAAGAAUUCCACCUGAUUCCGAAAAGCGCGAAGCCAUCUGGACCAGUCUAGAGUGCACCAGCAUCGUGGCCAAGCAGAUCAAACCUGAGAGUAAGAACGGUCUGAUCUACGAAUCGACAGGCGCCUUCAGUUUCCGUUACACGAUCAAGCAGAGCGCGCUCUUCGUCAACUUCACCGUACGCAUCGAGGGUGAAGACGACAUCCAGAAGGCCAAGGCAUUUCUCAAAGCAAGGAAGCUGGCACCUUUCUCACGCAACAACCGCUUCCUACGAACCUCCACUUUACGUUUACGCCGCCCGAGUCCACCGACAAGAUCACCAUUCAGGCUGCGCUGGAACCUGCCACGAUUGCCGAUCUCAUUCGUACCAUGUUCACUCUGAAAGAUAUUGCCGAAGACAACAUCGCGGACGGCGAGGGCAAGAUGAAGUGGAGCGAUGAGUUGCUCGUGCUCGAGAAGGAAACAGACUUCGGGUCGGACAAGAGAUUCGCUGCCCCCUUCAUCACCAAGCCAAGCUUUACCCGCCAGACAUCUGUGAGAGAGAAGGUCAGCAAGCAAGAAAUAAAGGUCGCUCAAAGCAUCAAUCAGGAGAAACUUCGGGGAUUUCGCCGGGAUGCGAAGGCCGACGUCGCAGGGGACAAAGCAGCAGAUGAGAAGAUGGCGGAGGAAGACGAGAUGGCGGAGAAGGAUGAGAUGUAUUACGACGCGUUGGAGGAUGGAGAAGGCGACGAGCAGAAGAGAGCGCGGGUAUGCGUUCUGCAGUAG